AUGUCUUUUAAAUUUCCAUCAUUUGACUUAAAAUCAAUUCAAGAUUCCUUACCAACAGUUGAUCAAUUUAAGGAAACUUUUUCAAAAGUAACACCAUCAAAUGCAACUAUAGAUCAAUUCAAAGAAUCUAUACAACUCACAACUGCAAAAAUAAAUGAUCAAUUAAAACAAGUACAAAAUUUAGCAACUACAAAUAAUAAUAAUAUUGAAGUUAGUGAAUUACCUCAAGAUUAUUUACAAUUAGAAAUUAAUUGUGAUUUAUUAUUAAAAUUGUAUACUGAUUUAAUUACCUUUACCAAUGAUACUUAUAAUAAUGUUAGUUAUGAUUAUCCACCAGGUAAUUAUACUAUCAAUAAAAUAAAAGAUGCUCAUGUUGGAGAUUUAAUUACUUCAAAAUUUAAUCAAUUGAAAAAUGUUUCAUCACCUCAAGAAUUAGAAAAAGUAUUAUUAGGAACUAAUGAAGAACCUAAAGCUGAUAUAACAAUUCAACCAACAUCACCAGAUUUACCAAAGACUUUAUUUGGACAUUUAAGUGAAAUAUUAUCUAAACAUUCACAAGAUUUAACUAAACAAUCAACUCAAUCAGAUGAAGUAAAUUCAAGUAAACUUUCAUUUAUAUUAAUGCAAAUUUCUUCAACUUAUCAUGAAAUUGGAUCAUCAAGAUUAGAACAAGAUCAAAAAAUAUUACAAAAUUUAAAUCAUGAAUUAGUUGAUAUAUUAAAUAAACAAUUUAUAAAAGUUAAUGAAUUAAGAAAAAAAGUAUAUUUAACAAGAUCACAAUUUGAUCAAUUAAGAUUUAAAUAUGAAACUUCUGAUCCAGAAAAUGAAGAAUUAAUUUCAAAAGAAGAUGAAUUAGUUGGUGCAACUGAAUUAGCUGUAAUUGAAAUGAAAAAAAUACUUAAUCCAUCAAAAAAUAUUAAUUUAUUAAAAGUUUUAGUACAAGCUCAAAAGGAAUAUUAUGAAUUUGGUGCUAAAAAAUUAAGUGAUUUAUUAACAAAUUUAGAUAAAGUAUCAAAAGAAGUUGAAAAAGAAGAUGAUGAAUAA